CAAUGUCAUUCCUCAAUUUGUUUUAAUUUGUCAAAUCAAACAAAUAAAGAAAAGAACUUGGAUUGAAUUUGGAGUAAAAUGUCGUCCAUUAUCCAAAAAUGUAAUGAUGACAACAUUCCUUUGGCCGACGAUGAUCCCCAAGUGAUUAUAACUGACGAUAUGGACAACAACCGCAUGGAUCACGGUCGGUCAAUGGAUUCGCUUCCUAGUUCCUACACGGGAGGUUCUUCCAGCCCAGGGUUGAACGGACCAGCUAGUUAUGAAGCAGAUUCUGGAAUAGAUGAACAGGAGGAAAAGGCGCGCCUAAUAUCUCAAGUCUUAGAGCUUCAGAACACUUUAGAUGAUCUGUCACAAAGGGUUGAUUCAGUAAAAGAAGAAAACUUAAAACUACGCUCUGAAAACCAAGUCUUAGGUCAAUACAUAGAGAACUUGAUGUCUGCGUCUUCAGUAUUUCAGUCCACUAAUGUUCAUAAGAAGUGAACUGUGCCAGUAUACACUAUAACAUUAACCAAGCUAAUAUUUAAAAUUAGUUUUUUUAAUAAACAACAAAAGUAUAGCUUUCAAUUUGAAUAACAAUUUAUUAAUUAAUCUAACAGAUCUAUGUCCCUAGCACCACAGAAUCACUGUUAUCAUAAGUAUAGGGAAUUAAGGAGCUUAGAGCAAUUGCCCGAUAAAAAAUAAUCAAUUGUUAUAAUUUGUUUUUAAUUUUCUCUUUGACUCUUGUUUGUAAAUAACAUUUCCCUUAGCUCUCUCAAUCUUAUUAGCACUGAGUAUUUUAGAGUAUCAUCACUAUACUUUGUUUUUUAUUCACUUAUUAGAGGAAUAUAAAACUUUAGCUUUAUGCUCAAAAUUACAUGGCUUUAUGGCUUGUGUUAUAUUUAAUGACAAUUAUUGUAAGUAUUUUUUUUAUUAGCAAUGACUAAAAGUGUAGCAAAUAGCUGUCCCCCACAGUGUGUUCAAACAUAUAUAUUCUAUCCUGUGGGUAAACUAUAAUUUUUUCAACUAGUAUUAAUGAAGUGAUCAGUUGGCUGCUUCUGGAAGACAGUUUGGCUUUCCACGUGGUAUUAAGGUGUUUAAAGUGGUACAAACGUAUCUGGCCUGGUGAAAGUGUCGCUGUUGUUGUACUUUUAGUAUGUUUUCUUUUACAAAUGGCGACCACCUCAAUGUUACGUUCCAGUUUUGGCCACACAAGUUAGAAAAGUUUGUAGCACUUCAUGCAUUUGGUACAUGUUUCUUGAUAAAUGGGUUAAACAUAUAAACUAAAUAAUUUAACAGUAUGUUUCCGCUGAGUUGACUUUCUCUUACAAACACACAAAGAGUAGUUAACUUAUUACUACAUUCAUUCUAAAUUUUUUUUCAGGAAUAUGUAUAAGUUCAUUAUAAUGCAUAAAUGCACAGAUUAAACAAUACAAAGCAGAUAGAGCAAAUACAAUAAAAUGUAUUUCAAAAUUUAUGAAGGAUGCAGAUGUGAAGGAGACGUGUGACAUUUGUUUUUUUUUUUAGUUUCACCAGCUUCACCACACUGCUUGUAAAGGCUCUUUCUGGAUCAUCUUUAUUCUGUGCAUAUAGGUAAUUCAGCCGAUAACCAAUUCUAUUCAUGUUUAUAAAAUUACAAAGUUUACAUUCCAUAUUUUUUUUAAUAACUGGAUCACAAUAUAAUAUCUUAAUUUCAUUAACUAUUGUAUUUGAACUAUAAUAGCUUAUAAAUAUAUUAAUUGUAAACCAAUGAAA